AUUGACAAGCACAAGAUGCUCACUCUCAAGCUGCUGUUACUUCCGCUGCUGCUGCUUCUGGCAGGAGCCACGUCAGCUCACGAUUUAGUGGGGGUGUUGCAGGGCGAGGACGAUCUGCUCAAAGACUUGAGACUCUAUGUGACUACUCUGGAGCGCAAGGCGCGCUCGACUCGUCUAGUCUUGGAAGAUGCCCUGGCCAGGCUGGAGGAGUCCCAGAUCGAUCCCACGGCCUAUGUCGAAAGUCCUUUGAACGCCUUUUCCAUGGUGCGACGCAUGCACAUGGAUGCGGGCAAGAUAUUGAACUACCUGAAGGAAGAUCCGACCGCAGAUCUACAGCACAUUGCGGACUAUCAACUGCACAUCAUCACUGAAGCGGAUCUGACGAAGGCUGCGAAGCGUUUGCUGCGCCAGCAACAGUUGAAAGGCCUGAGUGAGCGCGAAGUGGCUCAGGGUCUGCUAGGCCCGCAGCAAUACAACGCCAGCCUGAGCACGGCCGACUGUGUGACCCUGGCGCAACAUCUGCUCAAAGAGGGGGAGGGGGAGCAGGCCAAGAGGUGGCUAGAGCUGGCCUUGGAGCUCUAUGAUGGGACGCCGGAGCGCGUCUACGAGCUGCUGAAUAUCGAUAGCAAAAGCAUUUUACGUGACAUUGUCGACAUUCAUGCCUCCAGGGAGAAUUGGCUGGGCGUUCGGGCAGCUCUGCUGCAGAUGCUAGAGCUCGCCCAGGACAGGCAGCACAUCUUGCACUUGCUGGACACCGUGGACUUGCACUUCACGAACUUUGAGAUCUGUCGGGGUCAGAGGCAGCUGCCCGUGAGCGACUCGCUGCGCUGUCGCUAUAAUACAGAGAGCUCGCCCUUUCUCCGGCUCGCUCCACUCAAGUUCGAGCAGCUGAGCAUCGAUCCAUAUGUGGCGCUCUGCCACAAUGCCAUUCAUGAGAAUGAGCUGGAGCUGGUCAUCGAGCAGAGCAGACCCUAUCUGAAGCGUGCCCUUGUCGACCAAGGCGUUGCGCACAAGAACCGGGUUACCAUGGAUGCGGCAUUCGACCUAAAUACCUCAGCCGAGGGACUCACGCUGCGCCAGCGCCUCGAGGAUAUGUCCGGCUUCGAUCUAAGCCACAGCGAUAAGCUGGCAGUGCUCAACUAUGGCAUCGGAGGUCACUACUCCAUGCACCUGGAUUGCUGGUCCAGCAAAGACAACGCAGCCUAUGAGGCUUACAUCAGCAGUAAUCGCAUUGCUACCAUUUUGCUGUACCUGAACGAAGUGCAGCUGGGCGGCAUUACAUCCUUUCCCGCUUUGGGCCUGGGCGUGCAGCCAAUCAAGGGCUCGGCCCUGAUCUGGCAUAAUAUGAACCAUGAGGUUGAGUGCGACCACCGAACACUCCACGCCGCCUGUCCCACUCUGCUGGGCAAUCGCUGGGUGGCCACCCAGUGGGUCGACGUGAACGGGCAGUGGCGCAGGAAGCGCUGCCGGCGCAGCUGCCCGAAUUAAAGAGGGCGAAACGCAUCUGGCUUAGUUUUGCGAUAAUUUAUUCAAUAAUUUUCCAUUAAUUACAUUUAUGCACUAUUUUA